AUGAAUACUCUACGCCAAAUGAUCCCCCAGAUAUGGCCUCAAGGCUACAAACGGGUUGAUUCCAGCAGCAGUCUUGAAGAUGCUGUCACCCCCGAGAAGAAUGGUUCAAGCCUCCAGCUCUUCGCAAAACGCAUUCUUCGUCUCCCCCUUAAGACAAUUCUAAUCCUCAUCGCCGCUCUCCUCAUUUUCCCUGGCCUCCUAGCACUCACCUCCCUAAAGGGCCGCGCAUUCUUGGCCGGAGAGGUUGCGGCUGGCCAGGCCUAUGAGACGUACCCUCAGCAGGACAUUGCCAAGCUUCCUUCAAAGGAUCGACGGCUUAGUAUAGUCCUCCCUGCCAAUAACCCAGACCACGAUUUAUGCAAAGUCAUCACCAGUGCGUUGGCAUUAGGGUAUCCAGCUCCAGUUAUUGUGAACUGGGGUAAGACGUACGAUAAGUCUAAAGGUUGGAAGGGAGGGUCUCACCUCGCAAAGAUUACAGGUACUCUGGAGUAUCUUGAUAGCGUUUCGAAGGCCGACACUUCGGACGAGAAUAGACUCGAGGAGAAUGAUAUAGUUGUACUGACGGAUUCGUAUGACGUUUGGUUCCAGCUUCCGCCAGAGGUCCUCCUCAAGCGAUAUCACGAAGCAAACCGUCAAGCUAACCAACGACUGGCGUCACAAUGGAACCGUCGAUGCAAACCUCCAAUGGAACAGACCAUCAUCGUUUCAGCCCAAAAGAAAUGCUUCCCUCCGCCAUCAUCAGGCUCCGUCCUCCACUGCGAUCAGCUCCCCGAAAGCCAAGCUCGUAAAGACCUCUACGGACCGAAUACCGACAAAGACCCUAACGUAUUCCAUGAUGUACGACCGAAAUAUCUCAAUAGCGGGAGCAUGAUUGGUCCUGUUGGCGAUAUGAGAAAAUACUUUCGUCGCGUGCAUGAGCGAAUGCAGAGAGGUUUGGUGAAUGGCAAAGACUUGUACAGCGAUCAAGGAAUAUUCGGUGAGAUCUUUGCGGAACAAGAAAUCUGGCGUCGCUGGCUUCGCAAGAAUACCGUGUCUCAAAAGGACAAGAGCUUCGAUGUUAUGCAUAGCGACUUUGAGUAUCAUGUCGGACUGGACUAUAUGCAGAAUCUGUUCAUUCCAACUGUCUUCGAGGAACAAGAUGGCGAGAUCAUUGCGCUGAAUAACGAGACUGGUAUUGCUGAAAAGUCAGUAUCUCUCGGCAUCGAGCCAAGACUAGACGGUGUGCCAGAAGAUAUACAAUCUUUUACAAACCCACUGAACCAGAUCCUUCAGGAUCCAGCAGACUGGGGAGACAUGCCUGUGUACGCCGAUUUCUACUCCACUGCCAUUCCCGUGGUUGUUCACCACAACGCUCACAAAGAUGGAGCAAAGAAACGUCGCUAUCUCUGGUGGGAUAGGAUUUGGUUCUUUCCGUACCUUCGCCAACUCAUCAAGUCUCAACUGGAGGUCGUCGAAGCGGAGCCAUUACUGGAGAUUGCCGUCAACGGGGAACGAUUGGUGUACUGGGAGUCGCGGUCGAAUGUCACUCAGAAGAAGCCGAGAACGUUCAUUAUCGAUUCGGGGGAGGUCAGUAUCGUAGAGCAUGAGUUCGGGUACGUUUGCCGUGCAAAGACGGAAAAGGCGGAGGCGGAGAAGCCGUGGUACGAUGAAGUGUUUCGGGAUGGACAGGGAGAGCUGUAG